AGACGUCGAACAUGGCCGUUCUGACCUUUUCACUGUCGCCAGAAGCGACAGGGAGAGUGUUUGAGCUGCUUCAGUGUCUGGCGAAGUUUGGAGAUGCCGUGUCCAUUGAGGCACGCACAGAUCGGUUUACCUUAACCGCACUGAACUCCUCCAGAACCGCAUAUGCUUCGUUCACGCUGGAUGCGAGAGCCUUCUUCAUCGACUAUGACUUUGCGGCGAACAGCCAAGCCAGCGGCGGCGACAGGUUCACCUGCCAGCUCUACAACAAGGCUCUGCAGGCCGUCUUCAAAGGGCGCAGUGGUGACGUGAGGCGCCCGGAGACGAUGAUUGAGCGCUGCGAUUUGAGUAUUCAGGAAGGAGAAGGCAACGCAGAAUGCCGUCUGAUCAUCAAGAUGCUUUCAAAGCAUGGCAUGACGAAAACAUAUCGCUUGACAUAUGAAUCUGUGGAAGUGAUGCACGCACUCUUUGACAAGACCUCAGCUACUCAGGGAUUUCGCAUCUCGUCCCGUACCCUACGAGAGUACACCGAGCACUUUGGCCCAAAGACGGAGCAGCUUGACCUCGUAGCACAGGAGGGCAAGGUUACCUUCACGAGUUUCACAGAGAGGUCCGCCGAUCAGAAAGAGACGCUCAGAGCACCACUUGAGACCGCGGUUGCCAUCCAUACCGAGGACUUUGAGGAUUUCCACAUGCAGGAAGAUCUGCAUAUCGUAAUCAAUGUCAACGACUUCAGGGCUAUUGCUAUCCAUGCCGAGACCUUGAGAGGCUCCGUGACAGCACGCUUCUCCUAUCCAAAUCGACCUCUGCAGUUCGAAUACCAGAAUUUUGGCGUCCAUAGUGAAUUCACCCUAAUGACUACAGGAGACCGACGUGCUGGAUCCUCCGCUCCCAAGCCGAACGCCAAAUACGUAUCAACACGACCAAACGGCACUUCAUCGAGCCGACAGCCCUCGGUAGCUUCGAUGCAAAGCGGGAGUCGUGCUCUUCCUGAGCAGCACUAUCCCUCUCGACCAAAUGCUGGGAAGUCGUUCUCGAGUCAAAGCCAACGUCCUCGACUCGGGCAGCAGGUGCGGCCAACAUCUGGUACUGUGACAGAGGAUGAAGAAGACCCUGAUCCAGAUAGCCUAUUUGUGCCAGAUGGAGGUGCAAAUGAUGAUCAAGUCUGGGACGCCGCUGAUUAUGACAACAACAACGAGGACGAGAUGCUUGGUUGGGAUGCCAGUAAUGACAAUUUCACUGCCAGCAUGCGUCCGACGAUCCGUGAUUUGAGUGGAAGAGGCAUAGCAUCGCAGACUGGCCGAGACACGCAAGACCCUGAGACGACACGGCCUCAGCGCCAAGCAAAUCUAGGCCACGGCAUAGAUCCCACCCAGCGGCUCUCCCAACUUCACGGAAUGUUCGAUUGAACGGUACCUAGGUUCUCAGCCCUCAAGUCGGCAGCUCACUGCGGCUCCAGUGCUUCGGAUGUGAUUACGAAGCUCGUUGCGCAUCCUGCGAAUAUGUUUGUCGCUAGUUGAGACAUGGCUACGGUGUUCCAUCGACCUUUGACAUCGCCGUUGUUGUCAAUGUGCAUACCGCAAUUGCCAUGUUCGCCCCAGCCCCAAGCCAAGACUCUUCCAUCCUGUGUCAGUCCAAGGCAAUGUUCGCUACCAGCAGCUACAGCACUGAGGAGUGGCAGGCCAGGUGGCGACAGCUGGCCAUGAUCGUUUCUCCCCCAUGAUCUGAGCUCACCAGACUCCAUGAGCACGUAGAUGGAGCCCCAAGAGGCGGCAACUUGUUUCCACCCACGCACACUGUCAGGAGCGUUCUUCUUCACUCCGAAACGAUCACUACCAGCCAGACCCAAUAUCAAGAAUUCUCCUGACGAAGCAUCACCAAAUAGACAUGUGAAGUCCUUGCCACAUACAGCAUUGACCACCUUGAAAGGGACAUCCUCAAUCUUUCGAGGCCUCUGCACAUUCUCUGCUGGUCCUCCUAACUGGCCUUUACGUCCUUUGCCCCAUC